AUGACGGCUUCUCUUUCAACCUUUACGUAUGCCCUAAUGAAGAAUCAAUCAUCGGUUUGUGCUAAAAUGAGUAUACAGAACUCCACUUCUGAACAUGAUGAUUGCAGCUCAAAUUCUUGCAAUUCAGUCCCUUCUUCACCUGGAUCAACUCAGCCGCUACCCAAAUUGCAAAACCCUGAAACCAAAACCGUCAAGAGGAGUCGCGAUUCCAGCAACAAGCACCCAGUGUACCGUGGCGUUCGGAUGCGAAGUUGGGGCAAAUGGGUGUCUGAAAUCCGUGAGCCCAGGAAGAAAUCACGCAUAUGGCUCGGAACUUUCCCUACACCAGAAAUGGCAGCUCGGGCACACGAUGUAGCGGCACUUAGCAUCAAAGGCAGCUCCGCCAUUCUUAAUUUCCCGGAACUCGUGGGAUCUUUGCCACGACCUGUUUCUUGUUCUCCGAGAGAUGUGCAAGCUGCUGCGGCUAAAGCAGCAGCCAUGACAGAGCUUGACUUUCCACCUUCUUCUAUAGAAACUGCAUCGGAGGAACUCGAUGAGAUAAUUGAGUUGCCGGUUCUGGGAUCAAGUUUUGACUCGCUUGAGUUAAAGAAUGAUUUCGAUACAAUGAGUCGGUGGUGGACGGGUGGUUGUACCCACCGCCAUGGAUGA